AUGAAAUGGACCAAGUAUUUAAUUAUUAUAGGUUGUGUUUUCAAAAACAGCAAUCAAAGCGUGCUCAAAAACCCUCCAAACUUAAAUAGCAUCGCAGAAACUGAGCCAAAAAAUCAAGUUUUAGAAGUAGUCAUUAAAAAUAAAGAAUGCACGGACAAGACCGAAGGUAGACUUGAAAGCAGUAAUGUAAAAGAAUGUUCUAAGUCUGAAAAUAAUACUUUGAAGGCCAGGAUCCAAAAUAUCAAACUGAAUCCGACCAAGGACGAUUAUUUUAACACCCAAGAAAAAUGCUAUGUUGUCAACACCACAUUCGUGCCUGUUUCUGAUAUUGAAAAACUAGUUGAGGAAUUCCAAAAACACCAAAAAGCUGUUAGAUUUAUUUACAAAAGGAAUAUUCUGGGAUUUUCGUUCUGUGCCCCAUACAAUAUUGUAUCAAAAAUAGUAGAAUCAAUUACUGGAAAAUACUCGCUUGUAAAUAUUGAAGAAGACAAGAUAUUCAAAUUGGCCUACACCGAACAGUACAGCCAAAAGUCACAACAAAACGUACAGAAAAUGCUCAUCAAUUCAACAUUUGAAGAGAAAAUUGUCAUUUCAUCCACAAACAACAAUGCCAACGAAGCCAUAAAACAGGACAGAAAAAUCGUUCAAUCACACUUGCCCCUUCAUUUCUUUAGAAUGAUGAACACAGGAAACCUAAUAUUUAAUAACUAUUUUCUAGAUAACAUCAUAUUUAGACUUUUGGGAAUCAACAAACUUAUCAAAUAUUUUUAUAAGUACGAAUAUUCAUAUGAUGGGAAAGGCAUACAAGUAAAAGUAAUCGGUACACCAAAAUGCAAUAGCAAUAGAAUAGUCAAUGAAGCACUAUUAAAUAAUAUAGAAUACUCCCUUUCAAAAGGUUCUAAGGUAGAAUUUAUUGAAACAGUAAGUUGUGAUAGAACAAUCAAACUGUCAAAAUUACUCCAUGUUUUGGAACAAAUAAGCAAUGCCAAUAUAUUGGUCAUUCCUCUGUAUGGACCAUAUUCAGAAGCCUUGGAUGCUGCUCUUAAAAGAAUAUCGCGAAGAAUGACUGUAAUCACAGCUGCAGGAGAUGAUGGCGAAGAAGGAUGCAAUUACAGUCCAAAUGGAAAAUAUAUCAUAAAAGUAGGUUCUGCAACUAAGCACGGACAAAUCAGCGAAUUUUCAAAUAGGGGUAAUUGUGUGAAUUUGUACUCAUUGGGUGAAGACAUUUUAGAUAAGAGUGGAACUAGCUACAGUGCCGCAUUUAUUGCGGGUGCAGUUGCUAUUUAUAAGGAAAAGAACCCUGAUGCCACACAUCAUGACAUACUAAGAUUUCUUUUUUAUAGUUCUGUUAGAAAUGAAUAUAAUCAGCCAAUAUUCAAAAUACCGUAUUUAUCAACUGAUGAGUCUGAAAAGAUGAAAAGGCCCGUUUAUUAUUCUUUGUAUGAAGUUAUGUUUUACAAUCUUCUAAUAGCACUAUUUGUGAUGGUUUUAAUAUGCUUAACGGUAUAUUUGAUCAAGAGAAUCAGAGAAAGAAAUGCUGAUAGAAGUUAUUUUGCAAGGAGUUUAAGGCAAAGGGCCAGCCCACUUGAAAGUACCAGAAGAUAA